ACAUAGGAAAGUGAAAGCAAGUGAAAGCCAUGAAGAGUUAUGAGCCCCGUUCAAGCUCUUCAUGUGCAGCUUGCAAGUUGUUGAAAAGAAGAUGCAUACCCAAUUGUAUUUUUGCACCUUACUUUCGGUCCGAUGAGUGUAAGAAAUUUGCAAAGGUGCACAAGGUGUUUGGAGCCAGCAAUGUGAGCAAGAUCCUCAUUGAAGUUCCAGAAGAGCAGAGGGAAGACACAGUGAAUUCUCUUGCAUAUGAGGCAGAGGCAAGGCUUAGAGACCCAGUUUAUGGAUGCAUUGGUGCCAUAGCCCUUUUGCAAAGGAAGAUGGUGGAGCUUCAACAUGACUUGGCCAUUGCUAAGGAUCGUCUUGCUCGUUGUCAUGCUGCUGCUUCUGCUGCUACCAACCCUUCUCCUGAUAUCUUGCUUGCCCAUGUUAGCUUGCCCCCCUUCCCUGACUUUUCCACUUCCACUGAUUUCAAUGAUAUCUUCUGCCACAGUUCUUCAUCUCAAUUAUUGAACCGACAUGAAACGGUGGAUGAUUUCAAUCAAAUCCCAUAUAUAUUUUAAUGUUAUGCAUGUUAUGGUCCCCCUUUAGAAUGUACUUGUUAUGAGUCUUCUGAUCAAUCAAAAGCAGCUACUCUGUCGUAUCUGCUAAUGAAUAAGAGCUCCAAGAAUGAAUUGGUCUGAAUUGAAAACUCUCAACAGAAAUGUAUUAUUGUUUUGUGUUGAAUUCCACGGUUCCUAUGCUACUAUAGCAUUAGCAGCUAGGAACAGCUGGAAAAUGAUGGGUAUCUUGGCCUUUUUAGUAUAACUUUUGUAAUAGCAAAUUGGCAAUAGGAUUUUUGUUGUUCAUGCUUU